AUGAAGAUAGGGGGCCGUGCACAACACGAAGGUCAACGUGAACUGUCAGUGGCAGCACGAUUACUAAUCUUGGUGGCAGAGAUGGCGAUAGUUGGUGGUAUUUCGUUGUUACUGGUCGUAGCCGCUUUCCUCGUGUAUCCACUGUACCGCUAUUUUAAAUUAUGGCAACUCGUGAAUCGUAUACCAGGACCCGUCGCUCUACCGUUUAUUGGUAACGCGUUGCAGUUUGAGCGGGAUGGACAAGCUUUCUUUGUGCAAAUUCUUAAGUGGGUUGAUGAUUAUAGAGACACGCGUGUUUUCCGAAUAUGGAUUGGGCCGAAACCUGUUAUUUUUGUGUACAGAGCAGAUGCUGCAGAGUGUAUUUUUAACAGCAGUAAGCAUAUCACUAAAGCAUUUGUUUAUGAUUUUCUUCAUCCUUGGCUUGGAACUGGAUUAUUAACAAGUACUGGUGAUAAGUGGAAAAGUCGACGCAGGCUUUUAACACCUACCUUUCAUUUCAAGAUUUUGAAUGAUUUUGUAGGUGUUUUCAAUGAACAUUCAUCAGUCUUGGUCACAAAGUUGAAUAAUUAUGCGGGAAAAGAAGAAUUUAAUGUCUUUCCGUUGAUAACACACUGUGUGCUGGACAUCAUCUGUGAAACUGCUAUGGGAAUUAAAACGAAUGCACAAGUGGACUGUGACAGUGACUAUGUGCAGGCUGUGUCUGGCAUGAGUACAGUCCUGCAGGAUCGAAUGAAAAGUCCUUGGUUUUGGCCAGACACUUUCUAUAAUUUAACCGAAGAUGGGAAAAAGCAUGGAAAGUUUUUACAAAUCUUACAUAAAAUGACAAAUAAGGUCAUUAAAGAUCGUUCAGCUGAGCUUAGCAAGCACCUUGCAUCACAGGGACAGACCGUGACAGAAGACACUGAAAUGACGACUAUCGGUGGUCGUAAGCAUUUAGCAUUUCUUGAUAUGUUGUUAUAUAUGCAUGAAGCAGACCCUGAAUUUACUUUCACUGACAUACGGGAAGAAGUUGAUACAUUUCUCUUUGAGGGCCAUGAUACGACUGCCGCUGCUCUUACAUGGGCUACUUAUCUUAUUGCAUCACAUCCCGAAGUGCAAGAGAGAAUCUUUGAAGAAUUAGAUGGAAUAUUUGGUGAUAGUAAUAGACCAGUAACCAUGGAUGACUUGAAAGAAAUGAAAUAUUUAGACAACACUAUCAAGGAAUCCCUUCGUAUGUAUCCUUCUGUACCAAUCUUUGCACGGCAACUGGAUGAAGAUGUCACUUUAGCUGGGUUCAAAAUUCCGUCAGAAGCUAAUAUUCUUGUUGCACCAUAUGCAUUGCAUCGGGAUGAAAAAUACUUCCCUAAUCCAGAAGUAUUUGAUCCAGACAGAUUUUCAUCAUCGAGGAGCAAGCACCGCCAUCCAUAUGCUUACGUACCAUUCUCAGCUGGUUUGAGAAACUGCAUCGGACAGAAGUUUGCCUUAUAUGAAGAAAAAGUUGUGCUGUCAUCGAUAUUUCGUAAAUUUAAAAUAGAGACAGCGAUGAGAAGAGAAGAUUUGAAACCAACUGGGGAAAUUAUCUUGCGUCCUCUGAAUGGCAUCAAUAUAAAGCUUUCUCUCAGAAAUUAA